CUUCAAAAUGGCGGUAGUUUUGAGAAAGGUUUAGGAGGGUUGGGAAAAUCGUUAAACGCCUUUCCGAGUGCCUGCUGGUUCGGUGGCGGCUACGGGCUCGCAUCAGAAAAGUUACGGAGAAUUAAGGGGAAUUAUUUCUCCUUGUGAAAUGCUUCAAAGGAAGAUCUGAAGGUUUCUGCAUGAUCCGGGUAGUUUGAUGGAGAUUUCUGAAAUGUCUACGAUUGUUAAUAAUCCGGGGCAAAAUUUCUUGGCUGAGUGGACAACAAAUGUUACUCGUGCAGGAGUAAUAUUGAAUCCUCCAUUUUGCUUCAGUGAUGUGUACAGCUCUCUUCAGGAGUGCAGAAGUACAAAUGACUCAUUCAGUACUGAGUUUGCUCCACUUCAAUACUCAAACAACAGCAGCUGCUUCAGCUUAGAUUCCCUUUUGGAGGCAGACACACAGAAAGGAUCUGAACAGCCUGGUUUUGAUAAGAAUGGUUCAUCAGAUCUUCACUCAGAUUCUUCCCAAAAUGGUUUAUUAUCGUGUAACAAUGUGGCAGGGAAGCAAGCCACUGAGAAAAUUGUUUAUAACAUUGCACUUGUGCAAAGACUUGAACAGUUAAAAGAGUGGCAACAGGAAAGGCAAGAGCAACUGAAGAAACAACAUCUAGAGCAGCUCCAGCAACUGGUAAAUGAGCAACAAACACUACUGGGUCUUAUUGGUACACAAGGAUAUGCAGAAACUUUAAGUAGCUUAGAUGACGUUGGAAAAAAAAAUCCAGUUAAAGUAGUUCUGCAACAAGAUGGACAUGUGGCACAAGAGAAUCCUGUCCUUGAGGGUGAGACUGGAGUUCACAUCGAAGACAGUGCUGCAUCACCAUGUUCAACAGAACCUGUAAAUGAACAUCAAAAUAAUAAAGAUUCUACAAGGACAACAUCUGUUCAAAGCCCACCUGAAAAAUCUUAUUCUUAUGAUGCACCAUCGUUUACAACUCUAGAAGAAAGACCCAUCAAGCCUGGUGUAACUGGAGAAAAAGAAACCUUUGAAGAAUUCCUGGAGAAGCAGAUGAAAAUGGAAGAACAGAGACUGCAACAACAACUUGAACAGAAACAGUUAUCGUUACCUCCUGUCUUCGCUGAGGAUAAAGGCAACCAGAAAAGAAAGUUUUUGAAGUGCGGUGAAGGACUAGCAAGAUUUUCAAAAAUCAAGUCGAGUAAUCUUGUAAGACUCAAAGCUGAUAAGGAAAGAAACUUAAUCAAUCAGGAUUCUGUAAGUUUAAAGAAGGCAAAUUGUCAACAGAUGCAGCGGAAGUUGACACUAUUAAGCAAGGAAAAUCAUAAUACUAGCUCUUCCUGGCUUGUCAACAAACCAAAGACAAUUGGUAAAGGGAAGAGCAACUCUGCAUUGUGUCUUAAAAAAGUAGCUGCCUUAGGAACUUGUAGUGAAGACGCUGUCUUCCAGUCACUUCAUCAAACCGAGGAGAUAACAGAAGCUUCAGAAGGUCAUGUUCACAAUGCCCAUAAAACUGAAACUAUUAAUGUGGUUCAGGAUUAUGGACAAACAAAAAAACAAAUCAAACAGGGCAGUGAACUUUUGCAUGAACUUGCAUCACCAUGUAAAGCUGAGAGAUUGCAGAAAAAAUCAGGAAAUAUACUUCCCACUUGCCCAAUUGAUGGAGCCUCAAAUGAAAUUGAGAACUCAUUUGAGAUAUCAUUUCAGAAAAAGAUGGAGAACUGGAAUAAGGAAGAUGAGAAGGAAAUCGUCGAAUUGAAUGAAUUUGAAUUUUUGGAGCAGGCAGCUGAAGAACUUUCCUUCUCUAGUAAUUCUUCCUUUGUGUUAAAAAUGGCACACCAAGAUUGGCAAUACAAUAAAGAUCCUAGAUUGUCCUCCACACCAAUAAAAUUUGCUCAACAUAACCAAAUGUUUGAAAAUUCAAAUGACCCAAAAAAUAACAGAAAUGUGGAUGAUAGUGAUAAAAAGAACAUUUAUCUGAAAAGUAAUUAUGUUGAAGCAGAGGAAAAGUUCACAAGUGUUUUUGACCCACUGAUCAGCAAUGAAGCUGUAGCUCAAAGUGUUAAAUGUGAUUCUCAAGAAGAUCAGUGUAGUGUUUGUGAUACCACUUCAGACUCAAAGGAGGAUCUUGAUUCUACACUGACAAAUGAAUCAGAGAAGCAGUCAGUGAUUUGUAACAGUAACAAGGAAGAUAAUCCUAAUUCUGUGUGUGGAAAACAACCAGCAGACAGUCUUAAUAAAGAUAAGAAAAUGGACAUUGAUCUUGACUUGUCAUCUGAUGAUGAUGAUGUCAAAAUGUUGACUGUGAUAGAGAAUGAUAAACUUGAUUUGAGCCAGAAAGAAGAUUCCUCUCUGUUUAAUUCAGAAGGAAACUUGCCACUGCAGCAAGAAAAGGUUGAGUUUGAUGAUGACCAAACAUGGACUGACCAAGAAGAAGGUGGAUUUAAUAAACUUGAAGAUAUCUCAAUAGAGCCUGUUCAUACUUCUGUAUUAGUGACUCAAAAAUUCUCUUCUGGUGAAGUUACUGAGGAGAAAUGUUUGAGAAGAAAAACUGCUUCUGCCAAGAAAGGAGAUGUUGAAGGUGAAAGAAAACUGAACAAGUUUGGAGAACCACCACCUACAUCUGAUCUAAUAGCAAGAUUAUUUCCUUCACUGAAACCCAAGGCAAAGCCUGCAUUGCUUCAAGGGCUGGAACAGAAAUCUAAAACUGUGAAUGAAAAAUCUUUAGGUAAUGGUAUCCAGUCCAAGUUGAUGAAGGAUAAGCUAUUAGAAUUGGAAACUGAAAUUAACAAAUUUCGAGCAGAAAAUUCUACACUGGCUAAACUCCGAGAUGAUAAGGAAAAAGCUAUGAUGGAAUUUAGGAAAGAAAUUGCAGACUUUGAACGUAAGAAAGCUGAGGAGCUGACUCAAUUAGAAGAAUACAAAAAAGAGGAAUUAAAACGACUACAAAAGGAGCGAAUGGUUUUUGAAAAAUAUGCUGUAGUAGCAAGAGCCAUUCCGGACAAAAAAGAAAGAGAAGAGAUAAAGGUUCUUAAGCAGCAGAUAAUAGACUUGCAAGAAGAAUUGAAACGGAAGGAAUUAAGGUGGUCAAGUACUUAUACAAGGCUUCGAAAUCAGAUCGAUGCACUUACCAAGGAAAAUCAAGAGCUUCGAGAUGAAGUUAAAGUAAUGGAAAGACUUCGGUUAGAAACCUGGAAGAAAGCUGAGAUGGCAACUGAGAAGAAAACUGAAAACUCACUUCCACAGCUUAUGCAAACUGAUGGGGUUCCAUUAGAUGCUAGGAAAAAGGAAACGGAUUCCUUGUCCAAAGACAGAAGUGGAGGCAGAAAUCCACAAGCAUCAGGAAAUAAAAGUUCAUACAGAAUUGAACAGUCUUCCCCAAGAAAUAUUAAAGUAAGCCAUGCUGUGAAUCUCUCAGCUCCUGGAAUGACCAGAAAUGGCGCAAAGGAAAGUUCACUGUCUUUAGUGAAUAAUGUUGAAAACACUAAAAUGAAUACUACUGCAGUGCCUGGAAUGAAUCUUUCAAUGUCUUAUGAAAAUGUUCUAAAUGAAGAGCAGGUCUCAUCGCCAGCUAGUUCAUGUCUCGAGUUUAAUGGGGCCAAGGAUGAAAUUCAAGAGGAGAUUAAAUACCCAGAUGGAAAGGUUGAGCAAGUGCUGAGAAGUGGACAUCAUGUAAUCAUUUUCUGUAAUGGUACAAGGAAAGAAGUUAGUGCUGAUGGGAAGACCAUUAAAGUAACCUUCUUCAAUGGAGACAUAAAGCAGAUUAUGUCAGACCAGACUGUAAUAUACUAUUAUGCAGAUGCCCAGACAACACACACAACUUACCCUGAUGGCCUUGAGGUUUUGCAGUUCCCAAAUAAUCAACUAGAGAAACAUUAUCCAGAUGGCAGAAAAGAAAUCACUUUUCCAGACCAGACCAUUAAAUACUUGUUUGCAGAUGGUUAUGAGGAGAACGUGUUUCCUGAUGGAACAAUAAUACGCAUGCAGCUUGAUGGUACCAAGAUAAUUGAAUUUAAUAAUGGACAAAGGGAAAUACACACACCAAGCUACAAAAGACGUGAGUAUCCUGAUGGAACUGUUAAAACAGUACAUCUAAAUGGACAGCAAGAAACAAAGUACAGCUCUGGAAGAGUAAGAAUAAAAGAUAAGGAAGGCAAUGUAAUCAUGGACAGUAAACCCCACUGAUUAACUAUCAUUAUAAAUGUACUCAACACUUAAAAUUACUAUCAGUUAUUGUAAAGAAUUUGACUGCUAGUAUUUUCUUGUAAAUUCUUCUAUGAAAAUGUCAACCAUGAACUUGGUGUUUAAAUGUUUAUAAAAUGGAUUUGUUGAAUUAUUUAUGUUUCUUAAUCAAGGUAAAACAUUAAAUGAUAAAAUGAACCAAAUAUCUGGAGUCUGCAGUAAUCUUGGUUUGAAGAGCAUUCAGUGUCUACUAAGACAUAAUUUUACACUAACAACUUUUAAAAAGCUAUGGUCUUUUGAUUUUAAUACCAGAACAAAAAAUGUGCAUUAAAAGUGCACAGCAUUUAUUAUUUCUAACAGUUUUGUAUUGGCACAUUUUCCAGUUGUUGCAUCCUGCUUAGUGUUAUAGUAUAUGUGUGUGAUAGGCUGUCUGAUACGUGAAGUAUGGUCUGAUAGUUGUCAUCUAAUUCAACAAUCUAGCUGAUGUGGUAAACUGGAUCAGCAAAUUAAUGGCUGACACCAAGAUUGAGAGCAAGGAAGGCUGUCAAAGCUUGCAGUGGGGUGUGGCAAGGGAAUUUAAUGCAGACAAUUGAGGAAGUUUUACACUUUGGAAGGACUAACCAGGGUAGAACUUGUACAGUAGGGCUUUGAGUGUGGAACAGAGGGAUCUAGGAACACAGAUCCAUAAUUCCCUGAAAGUGGCAUCACAAUUAGAUAGGGCUGUAAAGUGAAUUUUGGACACACUGGCCUUCAUAAAUCAAAGUAUUGUUUACAGGAGUUGUGAUAUUUUGUUGAAGUUGAAUAAGAAAUUGGUGAGGCCUGAUUUGGAGUUUUGUAUGCAGUUCUAGUCACCUAUCUACAGGAAAGAUGUAAGAUUGAAAGAGAACAGAGAAAAUUUACAAGGAUGGUGCCAGGACUUGAGGACCUGAGUUAUAGGGAACGGUCAGAUAGGUUAGGACGGUAUUCUUGAGAGUGCAAGAGAUUGAGAGGUAUAGAUAGGGUAAAUAGAAGCAGAAGAGGAAAAAGCCUCCCUGUAUUUACCCUGAGGUCAGGUGAGACUAGAAUUAGAGAUCACUGACUUAGGGUGAAAUGUUUUAAGAGGAAACAUUUGAGGAAACCACUCAGGGUGGUAAGAGGGUGGAAAGAGUUGUUAGAGGAAGUAGUAUUGUGGGUUUGAUUUUGACAUUUAAGAGAUGUUUUGAUAAAUACAUGGAGGGGAGGGGUACGGAAGGCUAUGGUGCAGGUUGAUGGGGCUAUGCAGAAUGACAAUUCGGACUAGAUGGGCCAGAGGAACUGUUUGUGCUGCAAGUACUCUGACUGAGGCCAUGUAUAGCUUGUUCUUCCUCUCUAGAAAAAACAAGCUGUGCAUAGUUGUGAAUUAAGUCAUGUUGUAGCUUUGAUGCAUUGUUAUUUAACUGGGAUUAUCACAAGGAUUAACAUUCAACAAUAAUCAGGCACGGAGAGAACCUGAAUUUUACCGAAUCGGCUCAAUUCAUAAGCAUAUGGAAUGACACAAUUAAGUACCUGUGUGCAGAGCCACUAGGUUUCCCUGACCCUCCACGAACAUUCAGAGAAAAGGUAAUACAGUCACCCCUCCUUAUCUGCGGAGGAUUGGUUCCGGGACCCCCCCGCGGAUACCAAAAAAUGCGGAUGCUCAAGUCCCUUAUUUAGCCUGAGCAGUGGGGUGGACGUUAGGAGCAGGAGCAGCUCUGAAUCCGCAGUGUUUCUGUUCAUGAAAAUAAUCACGAUCACGAUUGAAAAUAAAGUGGAAGUAAUAAAGCGAUCGGAAAGAGGUGAAACGCCAUUGGUCAUUGGAAAAGCGUUAGGCUACAAUUUUAAUGGAGCAUGUGAAAGGCCCUGCCCUGAUGAAAGCUACAAUUAUUACUAAGCAACAGUGGUUUAGUUAUUGAAAUACGUAUGUUUCUUAAGUGUUUUAUGCACAGAAAAUAAAAUGUAUACUAUAUACUAAGACAAACGUUUGACUGAUGCUAAAUAAUACCGGAUGUACCUGUUUUGACUUCAAAUCCAACUUAAGACGGACUCAGGAACGGAACUCGUUCAUAAGCUGGGGACUGCCUGAAAUUUUAAGUCAUUUCUAGAUUACUUAGUACCUAAUACUAUGUAAAUAAUUGUUAUACUGUAUUGUUUAGGGAAUAAUGACAAGGAAAAAAGUCUCUACAUGCUCAAAUAAUGAGUGCUGGAGAGCGAACUUCUGGGUUUUCCCAAUCCGCAGUCGGUUGAAUCCGUGGAUAAGGAGGGCCAACUGUACCUAAGAAAGGGAGUCUACACUGGCCAGGUGUAUUUGAUGCUGAUAUAAUCUCCACAUUUCUGACAUGGGGUCUUCUACUUCUGCAAUAGCUGGUCUGCAAAAUCCUCCUUUCCCAUUCUUUUCCUUAUUAAAUCAAUCUAUUUCAUAAGGUUACUUGACUGAUCCAUGUCAGCUUCUCAUUGGAAGUGGCUCAAGGCUUUACGGAUCUUUCCUCUAUCCUUGUGCCCAAGGUAACUUUUGUUCUGUCCAAGUCCAACCAAACCCUGGCCUUAUGACCAUAUCACAGUAAACACAAAGUACACUGCAGAUGCUGUGGUCAAAUCAAGACGUACAAGAAAGCUGGAUGAACUCAACAGGUCGGGCAGUAUCUGUUGAAAGAAGCAGUCAACGUUUUGGGUCGAGACCCUUUGUCAGGACUAAAGGAGGAGGGGGCAGGGGCCCUAUGAAGAAG